UUUCCGGGGUGGAGCGUGUGCCGGGACCGGCCCGGCUCCGGGCAGUGAGGGAGCGGCUGCGGCUCAGGGAGGUGGCGAGCCCAGCGGGCACCAUGAGCGUUUCACAGAACAAUGACACUAAAAGACAGUUUCUUCUAGAACGGUUACUGGAUGCAGUUAAACAGUGUCAAAUACGAUUUGGAGGAAGAAAAGAAAUUGCUUCAGAUUCUGAUAGCAGAGUCACUUGUUUGUGUGCUCAGUUUGAAGCUGUGUUACAGCACGGUCUGAGGAGGAGCCGAGGAUUAGCACUAACAGCAGCAGCUAUCAAACAGGCAGCAGGUUUCUCCAGUAAAACUGAAACAGACCCAGUGUUUUGGUACUAUGUGAAAGAAGUUCUGAAUAAACACGAACUGCAACGCUUUUACUCUCUGAAGACAAUUACUACAGAUAUUGGCAGAGGCCGGGCUUGGUUGCGCUGUGCACUGAAUGAACAUUCCCUGGAAAGAUAUGUUCAUAUGCUGCUUGCAGACAAGAAUCGACUUAGUGUCUUCUAUGAAGACUGGUCUUUUAUGAUGGAUGAAGAACGUUCUAGUAUGAUCCCUACAAUGGCAGCGGGUCUGAAUUCCAUUCUUUUUGCAAUCAACAUUGAUAAUAAGGAUUUAAAUGGACAGAGCAAAUGUACACCCACAGUCUCUGAUCUGUUAAAGGAAUCAACGCAAAAUGUAACCUCAUUAUUGAAAGAAUCCACUCAGGGUGUUAGCAGCCUUCUCAGAGAGAUAACUGCAUCCUCUGCUGUCUCCAUCCUAAUAAAACCUGAUCAAGACACUGACCCACUUCCUGUUCUUUCAAAGAAUGUAAAUGCUGAUUUGAAAUCUAAAAAGGAUCGCAAAAAGAAGAAGAGAGUGACAAAUAUAAUCUCAUUUGAUGAAGAGGAAGAUGAGCAAAAUGUGGGGGAUGCAACAAAACCUCUGGUUACGGGAGAAAGUUCAGAGGAGAAUUUAGAUAAAUCUUCAGUUUUUAUAUUACCCUCAUCUGAAACCAGUCUUGGAAAAAGUUUGAAUGGGAAUGAAAGUAACCAUUCAUGGAAAAGCAAUUCAGUGUUCAUGAAUGGAGAAUAUGAAUACCAGAAACUAGAUGUGAAGAGUAUUGAUGAUGAAGAUGCAGACGAAGAUGAGCUGUAUGGAAAAACACUAGGAAAUAAAGGCACAGAAAAUGAAACUGAACCUUCUGAAAAGCCUCAUGAAAUAGUCACAUGCAACUCUCAGAUAUGCAGUUGGAGUCCUCUGCAGGUCCUGAAUGAUGACUCAGAUGUUCUAUUUCCUGUCAGUGCUGUUGGUUCUUACUCCCAAACUGAUAACCUGGAGAAUGGAGAGAGGCAUGAAAGUGGUGUUCAUGCAGUAGAACUGAUUCCAAGAAGAUCUGAUCAUCCUUACAGAGUGGAAGUCAAUCCUGCAGCUCAAGUGAAUACUUUAAGCAAUAUGUUGCCUUCAGCCACUGUGCCAGAAUCCAUGACAAUUAAUGAACUUCGUCAAGCUAUUGUGGCCAUGAUGAACAGAAAGGAUGAACUGGAAGAACAGAAUAGGUCCCUGCGAAACCUCCUUGAUGGAGAGAUGGAGCAUUCUGCAGCACUGAGGCAGGAAAUGGACAACUGGAGAAGGAAAGUAGCAGAACAGGAAGAGCGGCACGCCACAAAAGUCCAAGCCUUGGCAAGAGAAAAUGAGGUGCUAAAAGUGCAACUUAAGAAGUAUGUUGGAGCUGUCCAGAUGCUCAGAAGAGAAGGUCAAACAGUGGAAGUUCUGCCAAACAUUUGGAGCACUGAUGGUGAAUUUACUAUUCCAGACCAAAAGCAAGUAGAAAACAACGAGGAACUAGCCAGCUCUUAUGAAAGAAAAUUGAUUGAGGUGGCUGAAAUGCAUGGGGAACUGAUUGAGUUCAAUGAGAGGCUGCACCGUGCUCUGAUGGCUAAAGAAGCUCUUGUGUCCCAGAUGAGACAAGAACUAAUUGAUUUGAGAGGGCCGGUCCCUGGAGAUUUGAGUCAAACAUCUGAAGAUCAGAGCUUGUCAGACUUCGAAAUAUCAAAUCGUGCUCUUAUUAAUGUUUGGAUUCCCUCUGUCUUUCUGCGUGGAAAAGCUGCUAAUGCAUUCCAUGUUUAUCAGGUUUAUAUUAGAAUAAAGGAUGAUGAAUGGAAUGUGUAUCGAAGGUAUGCAGAAUUCAGAAGCUUACAUCAUAAGUUACAGAAUAAAUACCAGCAAGUAAGGACUUUUAAUUUUCCACCAAAAAAGGCCAUUGGAAACAAGGAUGCAAAAUUUGUAGAAGAGCGACGCAAACAGCUACAAAAUUACCUAAGGAACGUAAUGAACAAAAUUAUUCAAACUGUGCCAGAAUUCACAGCCAAUCCCAAAAAAGAGACUCUUAUUCAGCUGAUGCCCUUUUUUGUUGACAUUCCACCUUCUGGAGAACCAGUAAGCAAAAUCAGCCGCUCGAGAGUGACUACCCGCUUCCCUAAACUGUCUCGCAGCCAUCAAAGAGAGCCCCGAAGCCUGGAACCUCAGAGCGAACCUACCACAAGUCAUAAACCUUCGUGACUGGAUUAAUACAAGUAUUUAGAGAAAGGACAUAACAGUAUUAAAGAUAAUUGGUUCAAAAUUGUGACCCAUUGCUAAGGUACAUUUUUUUGUAUUACAAAAUGUUUUGUUUUAUAGAGCGGUAUCUGCAUGGUAGCUGUCAAAUUAAUUAAUAAGAACCUACUAAUAAAUGGGGUUGACUGACUCGGAGCAGCAAGCUAAUAAUAAAUGAGACGCAGUAAGCCCCACGUGAACUACUGAUACUGUCUGUCAGGACAUAUUAAUGAUUUAAAAAAUGAUAUUUUGUUAACAGAAUCAGUUAUUAGUACUUUCAGACAUGGAUGUUGUUCUCUUUGCUUCAAAACAGGCAGGAAUCAUAGUUCUGCUAUAAAUUUUUUGCCAUUUCAAAGGUUCAUCCCACCCCCCUCCACACUUGUGGAGAAUUACAAGAAUAUCUUGUAAUUCUGAGGACAGAUAAUCUAUACCUGUGGAUAGAAAUACAGUUCCCUGCUUAUAAUUCCCAAGAGAAACCUGUGGAACAGCUGUUUAAAAGAAAGAGGAAGACUUUUUUUUUUCUUACAAACACAUUUGUCUCCUUGUAAACAAUAAUACUUCUGUACUGGAGCUUAUGUCACUUCUAGAAAAGUGGUUAAACAACUCAAGAAAGUAAAGAAUUUUUCUCCUUCAAUUUCUGUAGGUUAGGAUAUUUCAGUCAACAUCUUCUAUCACUACAUGGAAUAUUAAUUUGAUGAAUAUCUAGCCAUUUCAGUAGUUUCUUAGCAUUACAUAUUGAAAGAAUCGCUUUGAUGUAUGAAAUUAUAUAUAUGAAAUAUAGAAAUAUCAGUUAACCUGCUUUAUGUUUCACAUACUGAAUGGAAGAUAAAAACUUCCUCUACACAGUGGUCUGAUACUGUACAUUUCAUUUAUUUCCUACUCUGCACUAACUGUACUUUUAUUCUGUCCAAUUAUAGAUAACAGAUAAUCAGAGCAUACUUCUAGUCAAUGAUAGUAGCUUACUUUUUGGUUAAUAAUAGCAUAGAAAACACCACUGAGAUGUUUAGAGAGGAAUGAAUUUCCCAUAUUUACAAAUUGCUGCAAAUACCAGGACUUUAAAAAUACCUUUUUUUUUCCAUCUAAACAAAUGUAUUGCAAUUCCCUGUAGGAGGAAUCAGUUUGCUUAAAAAGGCUUCAGAACUGCUGUCUGUGUCAUGACAGAAGUUAGACUGUGGUAGCUGGUUUGAAAAGUGUUAACUAUUUAGGACACUAAAAAUUACAGAAAUGCAAAUUUGGUUGAAUAUCUAAUUCUGAAAAGGUGCAUUUUCUUUCUUCCUGAACACUGAGAUAAACAAUUAAGUUUCUUGUAUGUGGGACCAAACCUGCUGGCAAGUAAAGAAGCUGGAUUUCCCUUUUGAUUUGGGGAAUUUUUUCUUUUGUUCCUUUUAAACUGUAAGAAAGAUUGUAUUAAUUCUAAAACAUAUAUAUGUACAGUAUCCACCUAAGUAUUAAUAAAUGGUUUGUAAUAUUAUUUUAACUUGUUAUGCUAAUGUUUACAUUAUAGAAUUUUUAAGCAAAUGUGUAUAUAUAAUUUUCUAAAUACUUUCUUGUAUUUUUUUUUAAAUAUCCUGUGGUAAUUUUGUUGUAAUCUGGUUGAAAUAUGCUACUUUACAAGGGCAAAAAUAAAAAUUAACAUCUUUUCA